GUCCUCCGCUGGCCGAUCGGGAAGUAGCUGAAGGCUGGGCGAUGGCAGUCCUGGAGGCUCCGCGCCCGGACAGACCCGAGGCCACAGUGCCCCCGCGGGAUGGAGGGGUCUAAGACAUCCAGCAGCACCAUGCAGGUGAGCUUCGUGUGUCAGCGCUGCAGCCAGCCCCUGAAACUGGACACGAGCUUCAAGAUCCUGGACCGUGUCACCAUCCAGGAGCUCACAGCUCCAUUACUUGCCACAGCCCAGGUGAAACCAGGAGAGACCCAGGAGGAAGAGGCUAACUCAGGAGAGGAGCCAUUUAUUGAAACUCGCCAGGAUGGUGUCUCUCGCAGAUUCAUCCCCCCAGCCAGUCCAUCCAGGCCAACCUUCGUGCUGAGUGUCCCUGUGGAAGACCAGCAUGGCCUUCCCUUGGGAGAGAGGAUGAUGUCUACGGAAAGUGCCAACAGCUUCACUCUGAUCGGGGAGGCAUCCGACGGCGGCACCAUGGAGAACCUCAGCCGAAGACUGAAGGUCACUGGGGACCUUUUCGACAUCAUGUCAGGCCAGACAGAUGUGGAUCACCCACUGUGUGAGGAAUGCACAGACACUCUUUUAGACCAGCUGGACACUCAGCUCAACGUCACUGAAAAUGAGUGUCAGAACUACAAACGCUGCUUGGAAAUCUUAGAGCAAAUGAAUGAAGAUGACAGCGAGCAGCUCCAGAUGGAGCUAAAGGAGCUGGCAUUAGAGGAGGAGAGGCUGAUCCAAGAGCUGGAAGAUGUGGAAAAGAACCGUCAGGUAGUGGCAGAAAAUCUCGAGAAGGUCCAGGCUGAGGCUGAGAGGUUGGAUCAGGAGGAAGCUCAGUAUCAGAGGGAAUAUAGUGAAUUUAAACGACAACAGCUAGAACUGGAUGAUGAGCUGAAGAGUGUAGAAAACCAGAUGCGUUAUGCCCAGAUGCAGCUGGACAAGCUGAAGAAAACCAACGUCUUUAACGCAACCUUCCACAUUUGGCACAGUGGACAGUUUGGCACAAUCAAUAACUUCAGACUGGGUCGCCUGCCCAGUGUUCCCGUGGAAUGGAAUGAGAUUAACGCGGCUUGGGGCCAGACAGUGUUGCUGCUCCAUGCCCUGGCCAAUAAGAUGGGUCUGAAAUUUCAGAGGUAUCGACUUGUUCCCUAUGGAAACCAUUCGUAUCUGGAGUCUCUGACAGACAAAUCUAAGGAGCUGCCAUUGUACUGUUCUGGGGGGCUGCGGUUUUUCUGGGACAACAAGUUUGACCAUGCAAUGGUGGCUUUCCUGGACUGUGUGCAGCAGUUCAAAGAAGAGGUUGAGAAAGGCGAGACACGUUUUUGUCUUCCUUACAGGAUGGACGUGGAGAAAGGCAAGAUUGAGGACACAGGAGGCAGCGGCGGCUCCUACUCCAUCAAAACCCAGUUUAACUCUGAGGAACAGUGGACGAAAGCGCUCAAGUUCAUGCUGACGAAUCUUAAGUGGGGUCUUGCUUGGGUAUCCUCACAGUUUUAUAACAAAUGACUUUCUUUUUUUUCCUUAGGGGUUUGUUUGCCUUAAAGGCUUUAAAUUUUGUUUUGUUUGCAAAACAAAUAAAAAAGUGUUAAAUUAAAUUCGGGUACUAUUAAACAGCACAUGUUUACAAUACCAAAAAAGAAAAGAAACCCACAAAAGCCACUUUAUUUUAAAAUAUAACAGAUACUCUCCCGAGCUACAACAUGCCAUGUAUAGCAACUGGCCUUUGUCACAGUUUUGACUUUUUUUUUUUUUUUUUUUUUGCGGUACGCGGGCCUCUCACCGUUGUGGCCUCUCCCGUUGCGGAGCACAGGCUCCAGACGCACAGGCCCAGCGGCCAUGGCUCACGGGCCCAGCCGCUCCGCGGCACGUGGGAUCCUCCCAGACCGGGGCACGAACCCGUUUCCCCUGCAUCGGCAGGCGGACUCUCAACCACUGCGCCACCAGGGAAGCCCACAGUUUUGACUCUUAACCCCAUGCCUUCCUUUCCCUUUGUCCCCGCAAAAUGACUCAUUUAAGUUUGCUUUUUUUUUUUGAAACUGAGUUGAAUUGAGAUUGAUGUGUUUUCACUGGAUUUUCUCUCUCUCAACUUCCUGCACUUAGAAUAUGAAAUAGAAACUUUUGUCUCCACUGAGACUACAAGAUGUGUGAGAUGCACAGUUGGAUAACGUGAGAAAAUGACAUGUAAGCUUUGGUCACCAUGUGAUGUGAUCAGAAGCUUGAAAUUUAACACUUCUCACUUGGUUCUAGUACUGAAUGCCUGCUCUGCUCUGUGUUAGAGAUAUGACAUUGUGUUUGAUACUGUUUGGGACCUUAUGGAGAGAUUUAAUUAUUUGUAAUAAAAGAUUUACUGCAGUCUGAUAACUG